AUGGUACGUUUUUUUGCCACUGGAUCAGGUCCGUCAGUGUAAGUCCGUUUCUAAAAAAAAUCCUUUUAGUCUCAUCAACGCCCUCUUCCUCCACAACAACCGCAGCUCCAAGAUUUGACAGUGAUGAUUUGAAGAAAGCGAUUGAGGUCUUCAAACACUACUCCAAGUUUCAGAACUUCAACGAAGUUUUCGAUGAGAUUGCGAAAGAAUCGCCCAACCUCAAUCGAUUCCUGGAAAGUCUGGUUGAAAGCGGAACCGGCGAGUACCAUAGACUGAUGAGAAAAAUGAGUCCAACAGCGUCGGAAUUCUUCAAAGAGGUGGGUUUCAAUCAAAGUAAAGCGAAUUUCAUCGAUGAAUUUGCAUUAUAAUCGUCGAGAUUUUAGGUUUAUCUUUCCACUGCCGCCUACGGAGUGGAAAUCAUUGAGUCUUUCAAGUUGUUGGACAAGGGCGUUCAAGAAGAAAUCUCUGGAUACUACCCUAAAUUCACUCAAUUCUUCAAGUGUAAGAGCUGAGCCGUCGAAAAAUCUUGUUUGAAAAUUUCAGCAAAGCUGUUCGAGUCCGUAUUCUACGAUGUUCGGCUGAAGAAGGCGUUGGAGGAAGAGGCCGCAAAGAAGAGGGCGUCAGCCAAGCCGAAGCUUCAAAGGACUGUGAAUCAGACUAUAAGCCGCUUGGAACACAGCUCAGAAGACAUCGGCGACGAUGAUGAAGAUACGAUAGACCCCUAUGACGAGGAAGGUGACCAAAAAGUUGAUGAUAUCGAAGGAAGUGAGAUCUAUCCAGAAGAUGACUAA